AUGGGAGGCAUGGUGGUCGUUUAUUUAAGCGCUAUUGCAGCCACUGCUGCUGCACAGGGAUGCAACAUGUUUGGGGAUUGCGGCACAGUGACCCCAUUCGGAGCGCAAUUGCCCUGUGUCUUGGAGACUGAGCCCCAAAUGUUAAGUGACAAAGCUUCCGCACAGCUUCAGCGAAUAUGUGGUGAGGAGUAUGCAGGACCAGUGUGCUGCGACGAGGCACAGGUCGCUACUCUCGAGUCCAGCCUUGCUCGUGCGGCGUCGAUCAUUGGCAGCUGUCCUGCAUGCGAACGCAACUUCUUUGAUGUGUUUUGUCGGUUUUCUUGUGCUCCGAAUCAAGCAAAGUUUGUUGAGAUUCUGGAAACCCAGCUGUCCUUGGACAAUCGCACCGUUGUCAAAGAAGUCAAUUACUAUGUGGAUAGAAAUGCUGGAUCAGCGAUCUACGAUUCGUGCUCAGGAGUCAAAUUCGGCGCUACAAAUGGACGAGCAAUGGAUCUUGUAGGGGGAGGAGCUAGAGAUUACAAGACAUUUUUCAAGUUCUUGGGUGAUGAGAAGCCAAUGCUUGGAGGAUCCCCGUUCCAGAUUAAUUUCGAAUGGGACGAUUCAAAGAUGUCCAAGGGAUACAAGCGGGCAGAGCCAUAUGCAGAGCCUUGCUAUGAGGGCGACUAUAAGUGCAGCUGCGUAGAUUGUGAUGGAUCGUGCCCAGCCCUCGAUCCAAUUGACCCGCCAAGCCAUUGCACCAUCUGGGGCCUCAAUUGCCUGUCGGUGGGGCUGCUUGCCGGAUAUUUAUUCGUGAUUUCUACUGCGGUUUGGGUCGCUUUCAGGGUGAAAAAAUCGCGAAGAAAGCUAAGUAUACUCGAGAUCCAACGCUUGAUUGAGGACGACGAGGACGACCAAAGUAUCGACGAUCCUCUGUAUUUCCCGUUACCCAGAGAUCUCCGCCCUUACAAGCUCAACUCGUUAAUAGAGUCUUGGUUUACAAAUGUUGCAUAUUUUUGUGCCCGCUUCCCGCUAUCUGUUUUUAGUGUUUGUGUUUUGGCAGUGCUCGUGGGGUCUUUAGGUCUGUUUUAUGUUAUUCUCGAUGUUCACCCUGAAAAGCUCUGGGUAGGGCCAAACUCUCUGGAGGCCCAAGAAAAGCAGGUUUUUGACAGUAGCUUUGGAUCGUUUUAUCGCACCGAGCAAAUAUUCGUCGUGAAUGAAACCGGCCCUGUUUUGCAGUCUUUUGACACUCUGAAAUGGUGGGCCAGCGUGGAAGACCGCGUAGCUAACGUUACUACAACAUACUUGCACGACAGGUUGGACGAUUUCUGUUUCAAACCAAUCAAUGAUGCUUGUAUUGUUGAGAGUGUCACGCAGUAUGUUGACAUUGAUCGUUUGACGCCAGCAAAUUGGAGACAGAGAAUUGCGGCUUGCGCAAAAUCACCGGUACAAUGCCUGCCAAAGUUUGGCCAGCCGAUUUCCCCUGACCUAGUAUUCGGCCCUUACGAUAAAUCUGUCCUCGAUUCUCGCGCACUUGUGACUACGUUUGUUGUUACAAACCGCCAAGAUCUAUUUUACAAGAAACGCGUGGAAGAAUGGGAAAGCUUGGUAGAAUCUUUGCUCGUUGCUGUAAAAGAGGAAGCAGGGGAGCGUGGUCUGAGGGUAAGUUUCAGCUUGGAAAGCAGCCUCGAGCGGGAGCUCGGUAAGAGCUCCACAACCGAUGUCAAAGUCAUAAUUUUGUCGUAUGUGCUGAUGUUUUUCUAUGCGUCAAUGGCUUUGGGAUCCAAAGGUCGGUCUGGUCUCCGAAAUACACGAUUUGGACUGGGAUUCAUAGGAAUUACAAUUGUGCUGAUGUCUGUUGCAUCAGCAAUCGGAAUUUCGGCGUUGUUGGGUUAUCAUCUCACCCUAAUUAUUACCGAAGUUACACCUUUCCUCGUCCUUGCUGUUGGUAUUGACAACAUCUUUCUGCUAGUGCAUCAUUUUGAUCUGAUCAACGAGCUAUACCCCCAGUAUCAAGUCGAAGACCGACUCUCGCGGGCAGUUGGCUUAGUUGGUCCGAGCAUCUUCCUGUCUUCGACUUGCGAAGUUCUGGCAUUCUUGCUAGGAGCGGUUGUGCAGAUGCCCGCAGUGCAUAACUUUGCCAUCUACUCGGCCCUGGCCGUUUUCGUAAAUUCGCUACUUCAGCUUACCAUGUUCGUUUCUGUCAUGGCAAUCGAUGAUAGAAUGUCACGAUACGGGUUUUGGAACGGUAUUAGGGGUGACACGAGUUUCUCAGAGCCCGAUUUACCCGGUGAGGUUCCUGAUGACACGAUCGCUCACGAACAGGCCAUCGAGGAGCAAUCUGAUCCGCGGAGGUUUUCGCAGCUGCUCAUAUCCGAGUAUGCACCGUUUAUUCUUCAAAGAGGAGUAAGAGAAACCAUUUUGGGGGUGUUUUUGGCUUGGCUUGCUAUCUCAUUAACGCUCAUCCCUCAAUUGCAACUUGGCCUUGAUCAACGCUUGGCAGUUCCGCAGGAUUCGUUCUUGGUGGACUAUUUCAAUGACAUUUACGAUUAUUUCCAGGUGGGACCUCCACUCUAUUUUGUUAGUGAUCUUUCAGGAGAAAAGCGAGAAGAGCAACAAAAGCUUUGCGGGCGGUUUUCAACUUGCGACGAGUUCUCCUUGGCGAACAUUCUUGAGCAAGAACGCAAGCGACCGGAAGUUUCGUUCAUUUCUUCACCAACUGCUAGCUGGAUUGAUGACUUCUUCCAAUGGUUGAAUCCGCAGCUAGGUGAGUGUUGCCUUGAGGACGCCUCGGGUAAACAGUGCUUUGAGCCGGGAAAAAAGUGCCACGUUUGUUAUGAAAACAAAAAGUACGAGUUCGAUAUGAGCGGGUUCCCUACUGGCAGCAAUUUCACGCAUUAUGUGGACCUAUGGCUGAAUGCACCUUCUGACCGAUGCCCCUUGGCUGGAAAGGCCCCCUACUCUGGAGCCAUCGAUCGUGCUAGCGGCCAUAUCACAGCCAGUAACUUCAGGACUUCUUUUGUUCCACUGAGGUCCCAAAAUGACUACAUUGACGCGUAUAACGCGGCUAGACGGGUGGCGGAGGACAUAAGCGAGUCCACUGAAUCGGCGGUAUUCCCUUACUCGGUGUUUUUCAUUUUCUUUGCCCAGUACACGAGCAUCGUCCAAGAUUCUGUACUUGUGCUCUCGGCUGCUUUCGGCUUGAUUUUCGUUGUUGCGGCUGUGCUCCUUGGAUCGGUUCGCUCGUCGCUGAUUGUGACUGCAGUUGUAGCCAUAAUGACAGCAAACAUUGCUGGAAUGAUGGUUCUAUUUGGAGUGACACUGAAUGCAUUGAGCUUGGUAAACCUGGUGAUUUGUGUGGGUAUUGGUGUUGAGUUCUGUAUUCACAUCGUGCGCUCGUUCACAUUUGUGCACUGGGUGAACCGGCUGGGCGUCCGUGGCCAUACUCGCACUGACCGUGCGUUCAACGCCCUGACAGGCACCGGAGGAUCUGUGUUUGCAGGAAUUGCUAUCACAAAACUAAUUGGCGUAACCGUUCUCGCUUUCGCCAAGUCAAAGAUCUUUGAAGUAUAUUACUUCCGAAUGUGGCUUGCCUUGGUCAUCUGCGCGACCACUCACGCACUUGCACUGCUGCCAAUCUUACUGUCUUUUUGGGGCGGUAAAAUGUAUUUACUAGGCGGCGAAGAGCUGUCAGACCAAUUCGGCGAACUCGAGCUUUAA